AUUUUCAACACCCUGCGUGUCGAGCGUGGGGAGCUGACGCACACAGCCUGCCGCUGGACGCUGCCUCUCACUCCGCCACAAAUAUUAGCUGCUUCACCGUCGGUGGAGACAACAGCUCCUGUACACCGAUUGUAAACCAAAGCGGUCAGCAGGGGUCAUGAGGGUGUCGGAGGCCCCGCUCACUGUUCAGAGCAGCUGAAGCAGACAUGGGCAAAGAAGUCUCGGGUGGCAUCGGUAGGCUCAGCCUCAUCGACAUCAGCGGCCACAUCCUCCUUUGCCAUAACCACCACUGGGUACGCACGAAGUCCUCUGUAUUUGACAGCAUCUCCCUAUAAGACUUUGCAAUGAGAAUGUCUGAUACCGUCGACACUGAAACAAUGAAGGUUUCCGAGACCGCCGACCCAGUGUCGUCUGCAAAAGACACCAAGUCUGAGGUCUCUGACCAGAGCCAGAGCAGCAGAGAUGAACACGGCGGCAACAAUAAAAAAGACAUACAGCCUGUGAAGUACUCUAAGUCCAACACCAGGCUAAAGCUCGUGCGGAGCCUGGCAGUGUGUGAAGAGUCGUUUCCUUGCCCUAUUCCUGAGCCUUCAGCAGCACCUCAGGACGGAUUCCUUCUCCAGCCUUUUGAAAAGGAAGAACGAGCUGCGCAAGUCCAAGCUGAGAAAGAUGAAAGCUGCGACAAAGUGGACAAACCAGAGAAAACGCAGAAAAAAAUGCUGUCGAGAGAUUCCAGUCAAGACUAUACAGAUUCAACUGGCAUAGAUCUCCAUGAGUUCCUGGUCAACAAACUGAAGGGCAACCCCAGGGAUCGAAUCAUGCUGCUGAAGUUGGAACAGGACAUCUUGGAUUUCAUCAGCAAUAAUGAAAGCCAAAAGAGAAAGUUCCCACCCAUGACGCCCUACCACAGGAUGCUGUUACACCGAGUGGCUGCCUACUUUGGCAUGGACCACAAUGUGGACCCCAGUGGGAAGUCAGUGGUGAUCAACAAAACCACCAACACUAGAAUACCCGAUCAGAAAUUCUCCGAGCACAUCAAGGAUGACAGGGCGGACGAUUUUCAGAAACGCUACAUUCUCAAACGAGACAACUCCAGCUUUGAUCGUGAAGACAGCACGAUUCGAAUGCGUUUGAAAGCUGACAAGAGGAGCAAAUCGAUGGAGGAGAGGGAGGAGGAGUACCAGCGAGCCAGAGAAAGGAUAUUUGCACAUGAUGGAGAUCACUUCAUACUGGAUAGAACUGCUCAGGAUGAAGACGCAUGCAUGAGCACCCAACAGAGGCGGCAAAUGUUCAGGUUACAGGCCGGCCAGUCUGGUGCCAGCCGGCAGAGCAGCUCGGAGACUGAAGCGCUGCCACGGCACGGCGAGCCCCGGCCUUGGAGCAGCACCGACAGCUCGGACAGCUCCAACCGACUUGCCCCGCGGCCCUCCAUCACCAAGGCCAGCAGCUUCAGCGGCAUUUCCCCCGUCCUCGUCAGAGGAGACAGCACAGCCAGCAGCAAGAGCACCGGGAGGCUCUCGAAAACAGGUUCAGAGUCGUGCAGUAGCGUCGGCUCCUCGUCCAGUUCGCUAUCCCGUCCCCAGCUCCCUCUCUCAGUUUCAACCUCCUCCCGCUCCAGCGUCCCCAGCGCACCUUUAAUUCACCCCGCUGCUGACACCAGAGGGCCCGGACACUCUGAGAUGAUCAAGAGCAUCCCGUCCCAGCCGCCACCAGCUACAGACGCAACAAACUAUUACCUGUUGCCGCUAGAAGCCUCAGGGAUACCACCUGGCAGCGUUCUGGUCAACCCACACACAGGCAAGCCUUUCAUCCAUCCCGAUGGCAGCACUGUAGUUUAUAGCCCAGCCAGCAUCGCCCCAGCUGCUGGCAGGAUCCAGCAGCAGGGGAAAAACCCACAGCAGCCAAUUCCUGCCACAGCACAGCAACAGCCAACCAAUCACCUUCACUCCCAGCCGAUCUGUCCUCCUUUCCAGCCGCCCUCUGAGCCUGUCCACAACCCAACGGUCUCUUAUCCUCUUCCUCCUCCUCCUCCUCUUCCUCCUCAGUUCCUGCCCGUCUGUCCUAACCAACAAUACACUGUGCCUGACUCUCUCAAUGCCCAGUUCAGUCACAUGACUCUGGCGCAGCAGCCAGCCAAUGAUGGCGGCCCUUCAGCUCCUGAUGGUCGCCACUAUCCCUCUGUAUACCACCACCACCACCACCCCUCUGCUGUGGUGCUGCAGGGAGCUCCUCCACAGCAGGUUGCUAGCUACAUAGUGACAGGGCCAUCAGGAGGACACCCGGGGCUGCUGCAGGGUCAGCCCAUCCCACUCCCAACCCCGACCCAAAAUCACACAUAUCCCAGCUCCACCCUGGGUCCUGCUGCUUUUCCCGGACCCACCCUGAACCAGCCACUCCUGCAGCAGCACGCCUACAUCCAGCAGCCUGUCCAGCAGAUGUCCUCCUGUUACUGCUCUUCAGCCCACCACCCACACUGCUCCAGCACGCAGCAGCAGCACUACCGUCCGCCUGUCAGCGCGCUGCCCUAUAACUGCCCACAGAGCCAAAACCUGCCCCAGCAACAAGUGCACCAAGCCGUGAUGCCAAACCCAGCGUCCAGCUACCAGACAGUAGUGGGCGUGCAGCCAACACCCAACCUCGCUCUCUCUGGCAACCAGCAAAGCAAUAUGGGCAACCAGAUGCAAGGCAUGAUGGUCCAGUACCCUCCAAUGCAGUCUUAUCAGCAGGUUUCUGUUCCACAGCAGACGUACCAGCAGCCAGUGUUUGUGUCCUGCCAGCCGGGACAGGGAGCAGUGGCUGUAGCUGGCAUGCAGCCCUGCUACAGCCUGCUGCCCCCGAACCAGCACACCACCAUGAGUUCGACAGUGAGUUUCCUGCCCACCCCGAUGAUGGAGCAGCUCCAGUUUCCUCAGACCUCGUCCCCCUGCGUCUCCCAGCAGCACCCGGGCCAGCAGUACGCAGGGCUGUUACCCCCGGCCCCCAGCAGCGGCAUGGUGAUGCUGCAAAUGACAGCGGCCCCCUGCCAGCAGCCCCGGGCCCCCUCCCCCUGCCAGAGGAAACCGCUCAGCCACAAACACUUGGGCCCCGAGCAACAACGCAACCGCAGGCCCGCCGAGCUCCCCGCGCCUCCGGACAACACCCAGAGCAGCCUGCCCUCGUCUCCGGCACUCACGCCUUCGCCAGGCCAGCCGCCCAGCGUCAAGGGCCUCCCAUCAGGCAUCUCACACAUCCCUGUCAUGGCCCACCACCCGCAGCUCCCUACAGCUUUCUGCCACAGUGGACAAGGUGAAGCGCACUACUCUUUACUGGGCCAACCUUUGCAGUACAAACCCUCCAUCAGACCUCCAUUGAUCCACACUGCACACAUGGUGGCCAAACAUCAGGGUCCUCUGGGGGUUUGGCGUGGCGGUCACGGGAGGAAGGCCGGCAGAAAACCUGUCUCUUCAGAUCUCAGUGUAGGUGAAGCAGUGAGCAGUCAGAUCCGAGACGUGACACAUCCUCCGGAGGGGAUCAGCUGUACAGACUCCCACCACCUCCUGGCAGAGAUGUGCAAAGGGGGCGAAUCGAUCCGCCGGCUGUCGGACCAGCAGCCGCGGUUGUGCAACUCAACCCGAGGCGCUCCCGGCGGAGACCUGGCCUCAUCACGCCCUAUCUUUGCCAUGCUCCCCUCCAGACACACCACCCCGAGCGCCGCGUUCCGCCCCGCAGGCCCCCAGGCCACCUUUAAACUCAGAACCAGCACCGGACACAAAGGGGAGCCGUGCGACUCAGACAGGACUGGCGCGUAGCUGCUAAGCUCUCGGAGCGGCACACACGAACUCGCAUCCAACCACCUGCCUCUGCUGCCUCAGUCUGGACUGUCUCCCAGACUCUGUCCAAAUCGAAACAUCAAAUGUCUGAAGAAUGAAUGUUCACUUUUAUUUCAUUUUAGUUUCUUUUAUCUCAUUUUUUUUUUUCCCGGCCAACAGGUCUGUGCAGGGUGGAAACCGAGCACCGGUUUGUAAAGUUUGUCCGUAGCUGCAGAGCUCCACUCUAUUCUAAAACUCCAGUUUGGUGUUCUAAAGUGACAGUGUUUGAAGAGUUUGGGGAUUUAUUUGCCAGCUAACACAUUAGCGUGUCCACUGUGGCUGCUUCAAUAGCAGGUGUACGAGUGCAAUGGCACAGCAUCAACACACAUAUGUAAUGUCCUUGUUUUGGGUUCAGGAAUGAUUUUUGUUGCCACUUUUGAAAACUAGGAGACAUGAAGGCUCAAUUUAACCAUAAUUCUAUGUGACAUUGAGUAUAAAAGAAGGGUUCUCAAACAGCACGCAGCAGCAUUUGUACAAGAAGAAACACUGAAUGACAGAUCAGCUACCUGAAUGAUUUAAAGUCACCAUUAAACACAGUGAAUGUUGCAUUUGCACUGAAGUGAUGAUCAAAGAUGGAGAUUUGACUGGUAUUGGACAGAGCCUGGAUUUUCUUUUAUUAACCCCUAAUACCCAUUUGUUGCACUCGACCAGGCCACUUUGUUUUAUAUAUUAAAUUAAAAUGUUUAUAUGCACAAGAAUAAUACAAUCGAGUUUGUCACUA